CUGAUACGGUGACACAAGGCAUCAGCUGAGAGGAGGAUGCUGCUGAAGUCACUCUGCUAGUCGCACAAGCUUCAAACGUAAACACACCGAAAAAGGGUAGUGAGUUUAUUGGAGGAUGGCGUUUGUGAAGAGCGGAUGGCUGCACAGACAAAGCACCAUCUUGCGGCGCUGGAAGAGGAACUGGUUUGACCUCUGGUCAGAUGGACGUCUGGUCUUCUACGAUGACCAGCAGCGGCGGGACAUGGAAGACGAGAUCCACAUGAAGGUGGACUGCAUUAACAUCCGCAACGCCAGCGCGUGUAGAGAGCUCACGCCACCUGAGGGCAAAGGCAAAGACUCCCUCCUGCAGAUCGUCUGCCGGGACGGUCGGGUCAUCAGCGUCUGCGCAGACAGUGCAGACGAUGCUUUGGCUUGGAGCAUGGCACUUCAGGACGCCAGACUCAACACUAUUGUGCCGCCGCCUCAGGUCGGUUUCGCAGAGGACGUCGUAGCAUCAGCUCCUCCACCCUAUUCUGAAUUAAACCCAACUCCGCAGGUUUUCUAUCCUGAUGGAUAUGGCGGUUAUGUUCCUCAUCCUCCACCUUAUGCCACACAGAUGGUCUAUUCCGCAGACGGCCAGCAGUAUGCAGUUGCCUACCCGUAUCAUUAUCAAGGCGGAUAUGCACCCAGCGUCAACCACGUGAUCGUGCAGGAGCGCCGGCGUGACGACACAGGUGACGUUGCUCUGGGGAUGCUGGCCGGUGCUGCGACGGGAUUGGCCCUUGGCUCCCUGUUUUCCGUAUUCUAAUGUGUUUGUGUGAACCCAGCCCAGCCCCACCUGACCUUCAGCGCGGGAAACCCUUCCUGUGUUGUUUUAACUUUUGCCUUUACGCCUCGUAAUGCGCAGGUCUGAUAAUGUAGCCGGGCUGGGCGAAUAUUCACUUACUUUUCUGUAUUUGUCUUUGUACCAAAGCUUAUGUACUUUUGAUUAGGCACCAACAAACGCAUUUGCUUUGCAAAUUUAAUCUAUAGCAUACAAAGAUAUACAUUAAAAUAUUGGCGGCUGGACUUAAGAUAAGGAUAAUCAGUGAGGUUUAUAGAUCAGCCGCUGUUUAGAAACACGAAGUGUGUAUUGUUGAGUCUAAAAAUGUGUUGAUUUUAUACUAACGAUGCCUUGUGAAGAAAUGACACAGGCCUUCAUGAAAUGAAUGAUAGGCAAGUAGUUUUUUCCUAUUAUUUCUAAUUAGAAAAGAAACAGUUUUUAGUGUCAUUUGCAGCUGCAAAGCCAAAAUUGUGUUGAAUUAAAUAUGUUUGUGACAGUCUCGGUUAAAAGGAAUAGUUCUCUCAAAAAUGAAAAUUCAGUUUUUAAUU